AUUUCGGUCAACAAAUAGACAUGGUACGUUAUAUUUCUGUUUACAAAUACAAUUGACCUUACGCAGAAAUGCUUGUAAAAUUAUUAUUAUUUUUCAAAGUCGCAGGAUUAACAUAUAUACUCAAGCUACAAUCCACUAACAUUCGUACGGUGUCAAGCAAAAAUAUUACAAGUUUUAUUUAUAUAACAUUAUUUUAUAAUUAACAUUAUAAAAUAUCAUUCUCUGUUAAACGACACAAGUUAUACCGUCCUAAGCGUGAUGUUGAAUCCUGGACCACCCAUAAUACGAGACCCAAUCGUAAAUUAUAAUAAUUUUUUCAAUCCGUACGUCUGUCAUGUUUGCAAAAUUUCAGAGAAUCUGCAAGUAUGUCAGUGGUGCCGUUUGAUCUCUUACUGCUGCAAAGAGCACUUGCAGUUGCAUCGAGAGCAACACAAAGAGUUUUGUCUGGCUGUAGUAAGCUUGAGUGACGAAAUAUACUACUCCCAUAAUUUGACGCUUAAGGAAUGGACUGAAUACAAGAAAGCUAAUGUGAGAAGAGUCAAGCAUAAGCUUGGUCGCGAUCUAGAAUCAUAUGAAGAGCAAAUAUUGCUAUUUGCAAAAUCGUGUCUCAUAUGCCGCCGCCAGAAUGACCUGAGUAUCGUUUGCAACACAUGCAUGUCGGUCACCAUGUGUUCUACGCACAAAUCGGUUUCUUAUGUGCACAGCUGCGCGUACCUACGGCUUUGUACAGGACUGGAUAUCAACCAUGCCAUAACAAAUGAAGAGGAUAUACUAAUACCGAAAGAGCUUCUAAGAUAUGAAUUUUUGAGCGACAUGACAAUAUAUCUUCAACAUCGUUUAAGUUAUAGUAGAGAUUUUGAUACUUGGAACUAUACUGAUUUUUUAUAUACAAAUUACUUGUCAAGACCAUUGACGUUGUUAUAUAACGUAAUAGGAACAAGUACAUACCCACUGAUAAGUGAAAUUACAAUUCACGUUAUAGCCGGAACCUUCACGGACCAUAAUAGUCUAUUGGCUUGGGAAGUCUUUUUACAUCAAAUGAAGUGUCCCUCGUCACUAAUUGUUGUAAUGAUAGACUCAAAAUUAGAAGAUGAUAAAGAGAUGGAGUUUAUAGAUCUUUGUGAAACUUGCCAGAUUCGACGUAAUGCACUUUGUUUUGAUUAUCAUUCUAAGACAUACAGUGAUUAUAUGAAAUCUGUGGAAACUGAAGAUCCAAAUAUAAUUAUGGGAUUUGAUAUAGAUUUUGAGAAGGAUAAAAUGGCUAUCCAAAAAGCAUUGACGUAUACCAGUAAGAACAUACCGUUAGUUUUGACCUGCAAAUCAGAAAGUAGGGCACAACAAAUUGUUGCGGAAAUAAGGACAACAUGGUACAAAAAGCCUAUCAUUCAGAAGAAGAAUAAUUUCGCAUCUUGUAGACCAUAUAGAGAUGAUGAGAGCGAUUCUGUGUUCUUUCAACAUCAGUAUAUAAUUGUCUAUGCUAAAAAAACUUACAAAAGGAAGCAGUUAGGUACUUCUAACAAUCACAACCAACCCAGCACCAGCACCAGCAGCUGUUUCUUGGAAGAAUAAUUGUAUCAUCACACUGAUCGUAACAUUAUAAAAUAUAUACAAGAGAUCGUAAUAACAUUGCAUUCCUGUUAAUGAUUUCCUUAAAAACUGCUCGGUGCGUCUUUAAUGUCCAUUAUGUAUCAUACUGAAGAUAGUGAAUAUAUUUUCAAAAGUACUUAAUAAUACGGACUAAUACCCACAUAUACAUAUACAUACACACACAUAUACAGGGAAGUCCACAUCGAGAAUGCUGUAUCAAACGAAACGCACGAAUAAAUCUGUCAAUAUAUAAUGCAGCUGAAUGAAUAUUGAAACAUGUAAUGUUUUUAUGACAUAAUGCGAAAUGGGCUAGCUUUAAACAAGAGAAAGUCAAAGUUAUACAUCACAAGUUAAUUAUGAGCUCUAUAUUUCGUGACCCAGAAAUGUACGAAAUCAAGUGUCUUUAUUUGUAAAAUGUAUUGUUUGUCGUAUUGUUAUUACGUAUUGUUUGUCGUUAAUAGGAUCACCUGACUGCACGACCCCGGCAUCGUAAAUUGCUCUAUUACGAUUAUUUCAAUAAGGAUAAUUUAGUAAUAUAGUAGAUUAUAAAUAGAUAGAGAGAUAAGAUGUUAUAUACGUAUAUAUAUGUAUAUAUAUAAUUUUUGUCGUAUAUAUAUUCUAAAACUAUAUAUUAUAUUAUACAUAAUUUUAAAACUUUCAGAUACAUGCUGGAACAUUUGUGAAUAUUUCAUUGGUGAAUAUUUUAUUAGUGCCAUCGAUAGUCGCCGAGUUGACAUAUGUACUGAAUGGCAAUUAUUCACUCAGUACAAAUUUUGAUGCAUGUAAAUAGAAACACAGAUGUCUCGAGUGUUUUUCUCUUUUGCGCGCCAUUCUAUAUGAAUAUUACAAAAUACCUGCCGCUUCUAAAUGUUAAGUAUGCGGGCAUAUUUUAGAUAUUAUGUCGACAUUUGGAUUGUCUACAGUGUAAUUUUUGUCUGUACAAUAUAAUAAGUUUUUCGAUCUCAAUGUUUGCCACGUAUGCAAGUCUGUAUAAGCUUUCAUGAAGUAUUUUCUGUGUGGUAUGCUUUCGUAUUACAACAACGAGCGCAGAUUAAUGUACAUAUCGAAUGAGAUAUAUCGAAGUUUGUAUAACAAGUUUAUAAUAAUGUUAAGUAUGUUGUGGAACGAGUACAACCCGCGUAAUUUGACGUUGAAAACAUUAACUAUGUCCAAAAAGAUGUAAUUUUAUCAUAUAAAAAAAGGAACUUUUGGACGUGAUCUGGUACGUGAUCGUACGUGAUCGUACGAAGAGCAAAUGUUUUUAUUUGCAAAAUUGUGCCAUAUCUGCCAUCAGCUGAAUAAUUUGCGAAUAUUGCAUGCCUAUCAACAUGUAUUCAGUUCACUGUUUAACUGAUUACGAAUAUUGCUCCUUUCCUCUUCGGUUUUGCUUGGACCUGAACAUCCACAAUGUUUUUGCAUCUGAAUACAAUCGAAACAUUCCUGAAAAUCUUCUGAGUAUAAGUGCAUGAGAUAUAUAUGAUAUGCAAUAUUUUACAAGCAGAGAUUUGCAACGUGAUAGAAACAUAUUUUUAUUAAGUGAUUAUUUUUUCAUUAUGUGAUUAUUAUGAAUAUUUUAAAUACUUUUCUAUAUUUUCGACAUUGUUUAAUGGGAUUUUAUAAAUCAAUUUAUAUAUUACAUAUUUUGCUGCCUCUAUACUAUUUUUUUACCGUUUUUAAAUCUUUCGGAAGUUUUAUAUUUGUACACAGUUUAGUAGCUUCGGAAGUCAUUUUGUAUGAACUUUAUCCAAAUACAAAGCAGCUAAUUAUAAUAAUAGGCCAAGAAUUAUCGGGAAAAUGAUAUGCAGAUUUGUGAGAGGUGCAUUUACCAUAGAAAAGAACUUCAGUGUUUCAUCGGAUGUUGUAUUUGAAUUUUGCAACCUUACUGCAUAUACAACUAAAUGUGAUUAUUGUAUUUAACGCAAAAUUUAUGAAUAAUAUAACAUUAACGCAAACUUUAGGAGCGAUACAGAAAGUUAUCCGUUAUUUACAACGUCUGCAACACUAAGUCAAGUGAGUGAAGAUAUAAUAACAAUGCGAGAAAUACUGUACUCACAAGUAUCACUCUUUGUUCAUGAAACCAAUUCCCAUCUUUUAAACCAUGCAGAGACUAUGAGGAUGUUUGUGUACUUUUUUAUGAUAAACAUUUAAUUAUCUAUCAGAACGUAAAAGUUUCGAAUAACCCAUGCCAGCAACAAUCUUAAUGUGUGUAAUUUCAACUAUAAUUAUAAGAAAACUUCAUGUACAAGAAUCUGCAAGUAUGUCAGUGGUGCCGUUUGAUCUCUUACUGCUGCAAAGAGCACUUGCAGUUGCAUCGAGAGCAACACAAAGAGUUUUGUCUGGCUGUAGUAAGCUUGAGUGACGAAAUAUACUACUCCCAUAAUAUGACGCUUAAGGAAUGGACUGAAUUCAAGAAAGCUAAUGUGAGAAGAGUCAAGCAUAAGCUUGGUCGCGAUCUAGAGUCAUAUGAACAGCAAAUAUUGCUAUUUGCAAAAUCGUGUCUCAUAUGCCGCCGCCAGAAUGACCUGAGUAUCGUUUGCAACACAUGCAUGUCGGUCACCAUGUGUUCUACGCACAAAUCGGCUUCUUAUGUGCACAGCUGCGCGUACCUACGGCUUUGUACAGGACUGGAUAUCAACUAUGCCAUAACAAAUGAAGAGGAUAUACUAAUACCGGAAGAGCUUCUAAGAUAUGAAUUUGUAUGCGACAUGACAAUAUAUCUUCAACAUCGUUUAAGUUAUAGUAGAGAUUUUGAUACUUGGAGCUAUGCUGAUUUUUUAUAUACAAAUUACUUGUCAAGACCAUUGACGUUGUUAUAUAACGGAAUAGAAAUAAAUAUAUACCCACUGAUAAAUGAAAUUACAAUUCACGUUAUAGCCGGAACCUUCACGGACCAAAAUAGUCUAUUGGCUUGGGAAGUCUUUUUACAUCAAAUGGAGCGUCCCUCGUCACUAAUUGUUGUAAUGAUAGAGUCGAAAUUAGAAGAUGGUAAACAGUCUGAUUUUAUAGGUCUUUGUGAAACUUGCCAGAUUCAACGUAAUGCACUUAGUUUUGAUUAUUAUUCUAAGACAUACAGUGAUUAUAUGAAAUUAGUGGAAACUGAAGAUCCAGAUAUAAUUAUGGGAUUUGAUAUAGAUUUUGAGAAGGAUAAAAUGGCUAUCCAAAAAGCAUUAACGUAUACUAGUAAGAACAUACCGUUAGUUUUGACCUGCAAAUCAGAAAGUAGGGCACAACAAAUCGUUGCGGAAGUAAGGACAACAUGGUACAAAAAGCCUAUCAUUCAGAAGAAGAAUAACUUCGCAUCUUGUAGACCAUAUAGAGAUGAUGAGAGCGAUUCUGUGUUCUUUCAACAUCAGUAUAUAAUUGUCUAUGCUAAAAAGACUUACAAAAGGGAGCAGUUAGGUACUUCUAACAAUCACAACCAACCCAGCACCAGCACCAGCAGCUGCUUCUUGGAAGAAUAAUUGUAUCACACUGAUCGUAUCAUUAUAAAACAUAUACAAGAGAAGUCCACAUCGAGAAUGCUGUAUCAAACGAAACGCACGAAUAAAUCUGUCAAUAUAUAAUGCAGCUGAAUGAAUAUUGAAACAUGUAAUGUUUUUAUGACAUAAUGCGAAAUGGGCUAGCUGUA